AUGACAAUUCCAGAAGCAACUUGGAUCGAUCUCCUUGAUGAAAGAACACCACAUUUAAUCGAGGAAGUCGCACCAACUAAGCUGCUACACUAUUUGAAUUUACCAAAAUGGGAUAAAGAGAAAAUCACUCGCGAGGAACGGUAUGAAGGACCCGCUUACGCGACAGCGACUCUUCUCGACAAAUUAAAGAAACAGAAUGGACCAGAGGGCCAAAAGAUAUUUGACGCGCUCGUUAGAGCUCUUAGAAAAAUCGGAAAUCAACAAUCAGCACUACUGCUUGACCCACACUUUAAAGGUAAUGAAUAUACUAUGUGGAAAUUAAAAGGUUAUCAUCUUUGAAGUAAAAAGUUGCUUAUCAAAUCACCUUUAAAUGACGCCAGCUCAAGGUAUUCCAACUAAAUUGCAAUAUACAAAUUAUCCUUCUAGUUCCUUCUGCUUUAGAGGAAAUCGAAGGUGAAAAUUGCUCUCGACUCGGAAUUUUGGGUACAGCAGCAGGUAUGUAAAAGAUGUAAUAAGGUUCACCUCUGUUAAAAGUUACGAGCCAAGUUACAGUUAGCCCUUUUAUUGGUAUAAAACUUUCAGUUAGCCGCUCUGUGGGAAACUCACACAAAGAGAACACGCCGUUGUGCUAAGCUUCCAUAGUAGACAUGGUAAUCUGUUUUAAAAUACUCAGACGGGAAUUUUUAUUCCAUUUUUUAACAAUACAGAAAUUGGCGUCAGAAUCCGUCUAAUGAACGAAGAAACAAAAAAGUAUUGCGAGAAACUGGAGAACGAAAUCUGGAUAAAGUUUCAAGACAUCAGAUCGGAAAGCACCCUUCAACUGCGUAAUCAGUUGCAUGCGGUAGGAAACGUUCAUAAUUGUAAAAAGAAUAUUUGAAAGAUGACAAGGUACAUGACAGUUGUUCAGGAGUUUGAUAUCAUCGAAGUAUUUUACGCUGCCGUUGAAUCUGACACAUUACUUAAAUAAGGCGCCCUUACAAAUGUUCCUCGAGUUCAAAAAAGUUUCUGAAAUAAUUUUUAGGCAAACUAGGUAUAAAAUGUUUAUUUCUAAGGAAUUGCUUUGCACUUGCGAGUUGUUUUUAAACAAAGACUGGCGAAUUCACUUGGACCACACUGAGUGUAACGCGUGGAGGCCCUAAAGUGACCUUUAGCGGUCCUGGCGGCAACGCUGAGGAAGACGUCGAUGAAGAGGUAUUCAUAUUUUUGGUUAGAAUUCCGCGAAUGAUUGGAUGUGUUUACCGUCCCUCACAACGCCACACUUCAACUUCAACACAACGUAUGUUAGAAGCGUUUAGCUCCAGGUGUAAAUUCAAAGAAUCUACCGUCGGGGUUUCUGUUCUCAGUCCACGCCCGAGCUGAUCUACUGUUCAUUAGAACCUCAGCUUCUAGUAAUUUCCUUUGCUAAAUCGAAACGGAGAUAUAGAUUGGAGAAGUGAUUUAAGCCUUACCGUUUAAUAGCUUUUGGGGAAAUGGGCACAGAAUCGACUGUUAAACAUGUUCGACACCGUUACACGUUGUUGUAGAACAUGAAAAUAUCAAUCUAUAGCUUUGGUUUCUGACGCGAACGCCCCAUAUUUUUUGAGUGAACGUAAAUUGAUUUGUACGUAAAACGCGGAAAGUGCCACUGCUUUAGCGUGAAUCAAAAUGAAAAUCGGUACUGGGGAUUAUGAUUAAUUUUUCCUUCCUUCAUGAGUUUCCUUUGGUAAGCCCAGGCUUGUUUCCUCACCACGGGUGCCUUCCAUUCGACAAAAAUCAUCGCCGGUUUUAAUAUCUCGGACUAUCUGAUAAACUGUUCCGGAACUUCUUCUCGGUUCCUUUCCAUUUCAGACCAUAAAUCACGAAACUUUUGGCUUAAUGUAAAUCCCCAUGUGUUAUAGUGUAACCACGACAUUGACGUUGCUCAGAAUUGUCUAAUCGAUAUCUAUUGAUUUUAAAUCAAUAUUUAUUUUGAUUCAUCAUGUGAUGUGUUCCUUUUUUUUAAUUGGGAAAAACUUCAGCUGCUUAUCUACCUAACAAACUUACGGGACUCACCACAGUUCAAGAUUAAUUAAUUUCAUUAAUUUCAUUGAUACAACAAAUGAUCCGUAUCAAAUUUGUUUACACAGAUAAGCACCACUAUUUUACCCAUGUGAUGUAUCUUACCAACGCAGUCUCAAUUUCCUUAUUCCAGGAUUUACCAGAAGGCGCAGCUUUCUCAGCAGUAAUUCAAGAAACGAAAGAUAAGUUGCCAGCUUGCAAACUUCGAGUGUCUCAGAAGUCAGCCGCUGAUCAAAUUUGGGAAGAUUAUGGCAAUGGAAAGCUGAGGGCAAUUUUGAAAGAAAAAUUGCUUCAUGGAAUAGGUGCUGAUAACAAUCAUCUUAAAAUGAGUAUUCAUAUCAUGGCGGAGGAAUAUGAAUGGGCGUGUAAAACUUUGGCAGGUAGAAUCUUUUUUCCAUUUCUUUGGUCAUUUCAAUGUGAUUUUUGAAACUUCUGCUUGCUUUCUGGAACUUGAAGAAGGUGUCAUAUAUUAAGUUGAUAACACUUGGACACGACAGUAAUCUCAGAAUUCAUUGAAGUUGUUAGCAGUGGUAUGAAAUACUGUCUGUAAACUAUCGAGACGCGAGAUCAAGCAAAGCGCAUUGCUCCAGCAGAGUUUCUUUAUCGCGCCAAAGAGAGGCGUUUAAAUUUGCAUUAUGUGAUCACUCGUUCAAGUUGGUCAAAUUUCUUUUUUUCAGGUAGUAAUUCAACUGAGCUUUCAGACGAAACGCAAAAAAUGCAAAAAGUACGCAUUCCUCCAGGUAUGGUGAUACUCCUGUAUUCUAAUCUCUGAUUGUUUUUGUUUUUUUUUCGCCUGAAUAUGUUAAUCUAAUGUUAAGUUUCUGAUUACCCUUCACAUUCAACGUUUCCUUUUGUUUUCAUCUCACGACUCAAAGAUAAAAUUUUCUCAGUUUGACAUUUCCCUUACAGUUUUUCUCGACAAAAGCGCAAGUCGGAAACUUGAACUCCGUUCAUACCAACAAGAGCUUUCAAUCCCUGCGUUGAAAGGGAACAACUGCAUCAUUUGCGCGCCAACAAACAGUGGAAAGACUUACGUAGCACUUGCAAUAGCUAUAGCACACUUGGCAGAGCUGAGAGCCAAAGUCGCAGAGAACAAGUGUAGGACACCGGUAUCUACUUCUAUACCUCGUAAAAAGGUUUUGUUCAUUGUGAACAAAGUUAAUCUGGUUCUACAACAGAGGCAGCGAUUUGACUACUACUUGUCCAACAGGUAACAUGUCUUCAUGCUGUGUAGUAAUUUUUGUUACGUUACGUUUGAACUAGGAAGGAGUGGGGAGCAAUAUGUCAUUAGAUAGAAAGGCAGGCAGUCUGUCAAUCAGUCAUUGAGUCAGUCAGUCUGUUAGUCAGUCAGACAGACAGGCAGACAGAUUGUCCGUCACUGAGUGUGCAAGUGUUUAGAAUUUCAAUGCAUUCCAACCUAUAACUAGUUCCUCAAUCUAUUGCCUGGUGGAAAGACUUUAAAGAUUAAAUUACCUACAACGCAAACGAUAUAAAAGCUUAGGUCCCUUUCCCUUGGCAUUUCUCUCUUGACGAGGAACCAUCACAAGAUUAUUCCCUUGCAAUAACUUAGGACAUAUUCUCGUGGUUAGUUGAUAGUAUUUGUCAUAGACAGGUUGAUUUUGAGAGUAAAUUUUAAAAGUCACACAUGUUAUUCAUUUUGCUAGAGUUGACGGCCAUGAUGUCACAGACAUAUCAGGAGCUAAUGCUCAGGACAAACAACUUGACGAAAUCACUGAAGAAAAUGACGUCAUAGUUCUUACCGCCCAGAUCCUGGUUGAUGCUCUUAAAUCCAGAAGAGUCAGUAUCACCGAUUACUCUUUACUCAUAUUUGACGAGUGUCAUCACACAGAUAAGGGCCAUCCGUACAACGACAUCAUGCUCAAAUACCUGGGGAUCAAGUAUGGUUCUCGAGGUGCUCAGGAACUGACUCAAGAGAGACAAAACCUUCCACAGAUCAUUGGGCUGACGGCUUCCUUAGGUGUUGGAAAAGCAAAGAGCAGGAUUGAGGCCCAAGAUCACAUUCUCCAGUUGUGUUCAAACCUUGACUGCUCCGCAAUUGUUACUGUAGAGAAACAUAAGAAAGAUCUCCAAGGUUUGUCCACCGUAAUGGACGAAAAGUUACUAAUAUAAUGAAAGAGUUAUCAUCAGUGUAAGGCCAUAACACCAUGCAGUACUUGAAGAGAAUCAAAUGAUGUCCGAACUCUUUUACCUGAGCGGUAGAAAAUGGGUCUUCUAUUGACUUGAUGAGGGAUAAUACAAGACAUGAAUAAGGGUUUCAAUCGUGAUAUGUUAUGAUACCAUUCAAAUAACAGCACCAAUACGCACACCUUUGUUUACCUAAUUGAUGUCUUUUACGGGGUUUAGUAUUUUAUCUCCCCAAAAUCCACAGUGUUAGUCACCAGUUUCGAAUAAUUUUUAAAUACCUAUGUGUCUCCACCGAAAUCUAUGACGGCAUACUACUCGCCUCCACAGCUUAGUCACGUCGAAAAUCUUGAGGCGAGGUUGAUCUGCUACUUAGUUUUGUUGUGACAUGGUAACCAUAGUGUUUGAUUCUAAAAACGAUUGACAAGGGAUUCUUCCUUUAGCUUCAGAGUCAACAUAGUAAAUAGCCUCUUAGUCACGUUUUAUCUGUAUCACGAAUACUGCGAUUCUAAUUGCUUGACUGUAUAUUCUGUUCCAGGAUUUACCGGGAGGUGCAUACGUACUUGCCACGAAAUAGCGAAUGGUGAAACGGAUUACUUCGAUGAAAUCAUGAACGCGGUUAUGAUAAACAUUGAACAAAUGUUGCCAAGGUUAUCUCGACGAAAUGGUACUCCUAACGACAGGGGAGGGCAGCAGUAUCAGCAAUGGCUAAAGGAACUAGAUCGAGACUCUGUCACCCACAAAAGCCGUGAACAGUGUACUUUGGUUCAACACUUACAGGUGUAUAAUACUGCUCUGGCUAUCAAGAAAUGCUGCCGUGUCAAAGAUGCACUGAAAUACAUUACGGAAUUUCAUGACAGACAAAGGGAAGACAAAUUUAAAGAUACUGAUCGAAAUUUAAGGGCUUUGUACCAAAAGGUAAGAUUCUAUUGCUUCACCUGUAGCUACGGUUCAUUUUCAUGGCAAACAACUUGCACUUUUGUGAAAAUCGCAAAGAAAGCUAUUGCUGUUUCAUUAAGAACCUUUAGUUGGCUUGGACUACACGUUACUUUACUCUCACUUCAGCUUGCUUGGAAACGCUGUUUUGUAUGAAUAUUUCUUCUUUUUAAUCUAACAUCAAAAGAAUUGUAAUGAUCACCUAAACUUCAUAACAGCUAAAUCUUUGUUCUAGUAAGAAGCUGUUCCCCACUUUCCUAACCAAACAAUUUCUUUAAUUCUUCUUACGAGUAUUGGUAUUGCUUGUUACGGGUGUGUCGUAUCGAAACUGGUGGGAUUGAAUUAUUGCCUACCCAUGGUACAAUUUCGGAUCAACUCGUUUAUAAAAUUAAGUUAUGAUGUCCUUGAAAAGGUGAAUUUGACAAAUGUUUCCAAAUUCCUGUUUAGGCCAGGGAGGAUCUCGACCUCAAGAUAAAAGAGAAAGGAGAACUUAGAAACCCAAAACUUGAGGCUGUUGCCUCAUUAUUGAAACAAAAGUACCAAGCAUGCGUGGAGGAAGGAGGUCAACAAACAGCCAAAGGAAUGCUCUUCACUAAAACCCGUGAAAGUACCAAAGCACUGAAGGCCUGGCUUGAUGAGAACCCCGAUCUAAGAUUUAUUAGGGCUGAACGCCUUGUUGGUACUGGGAAAGGAGAGGGUCCGUAACUCUUCCCAUACAUUUAUCUUUUAUUUAUCAGUUUUCGGUAAAUUAACCAAGCGGACAUUGUAUUAAUAACCCUCGAUCGAGGAAUGUACCUAGACAAUUAUGCUUAACAUCUAUUCGAGAAUGAGAUAAUUAUGACACGUGCAUUAUACGAGACCUGUACGAGAUUUGAACCCAUAACCUCUACGAUACUAGAGCAGUGCUCUACCAACUGAGUUAACAAGCUAAAUGGGAGGCCUUUCAGGUCUUAUGUUCACAACUGCUUAAGUAGUGUUCAUCACUGCGAACAUCGCUUUCAUAUUCAAUUUUUUUAAAUCGCAGUUCUUUUAUAUGAUUUGCAUAUAUUCACAGUCAUCGAUUCAUGACUUCACGAAUUUAUUACAAACCAGCACAAUGACCUACUCCCAGUUGGCUUGUCAGCUCAGUUGGUAGAGCACUGCAUUGGUAUUGCAGAGGUCAUGGGUUCAAAUCUCGCACAGACCUGAAUUUUUUCGGGCCCCAUUUUCACUACUGCUUUGUGAGUUUUCAGUACUUCGAAGAUCGCUUUCAUAUUAGUUCUUAAACCGCAGUUCACAUGUACGAUUUUCAUAUAUUCACAGUCAUUAAUGAUUUUCCACGAGCAAAAUAAAUAUAAGGUAAAUGAAACCAAAUAUGAAGUGAAACCACUCAUUGGCUCAUUGAAUGAACAGUUUUCCUUGAUGUUUGCAGAAUCAUUACAACUUAGGAACCAGUUUAGGGAUUGGUUUAGGGAUGGUUAGACAGGUCUAACAGACAAUAGAAUUCUCCUUUAAAAUGGACCAGUCUGAGCACCUAGUUCCGACUGUGGUAAGCACCCCAUGAAAAAAUAACUAUCUUAGAUUACUUACAUUGAGGUCAGUGGAAAUAAAACUUUAUUUAUACAAAUUGUUUCUUUCCCGUACAGAUGGAAUGACCCAGUGUCAACAGGAGGAAGUCAUCGCAAAUUUCCGCAGCGGCCGGGUAAACCUUUUAGUAUCUACUACAGUCGGUGAGGAGGGAAUCGAUAUACCUGACUGCAAAUUCGUCAUACGUUAUGACGUCAGAGGUAACGAAAUAGCAAGUGUUCAGUCCCGUGGGCGCGUGCGUGACAGAGAAGGACAAUAUGAAGUCGUGGCAGGAAAAGAAACUGGUGUUAUCGAGAAGGAAAAUCUAAAUGUGAUCAGAGAGGAGAUGAUGGAGGAUGCAAUUAGGGAGGUCAAGGCAAUGAAUGUUGACGAAUACAAGGAAAAGGUACAUCCCUUUUAAAUUAUCAAUGAAAAACGGUCUUAACAUCAGUAAAUGUUGCUUAAUUGAAAGGAGCUGUCCCUUGUAAAAGGAAGUCAGGAUGAAACAAAUAGGUAAUGAAAAAUAUUCAUAAAUUAGGGAAGAAAAGAAACCUGAUUUUGUUAUGGGCGUGCAUGGUCCGUGUCUCGCUCGUCACAUUUCUUACGAUAUUUCUCCAAGAGAAGAAUCGUAAUCGUUCGAUAACUCGGAUCUUUGUAGGUAAGUGUGAUGCUUUACUAAGAAAGUCGUAAAAAACGUCUCCCCUUUGAAGUUUACUGCUGGAUUAGGAAAGAUAUUCUUCUGCCCUUUCAAAGAUUUUAGAUCUUCAAAGGAGAACCAUCAGCCAACGACAAAGAAAAGAAACGAUCAAGAAAUAUGAGAAAAGCAAGAGGCAUCAAGAAAAAGUAAAAUUAUUUUGCCGGAAGUGUCAAGUGUUUGCUUGCAGUGGAAUUAGUAUCCGGUGUAUAAAGGAAGCCCACCAUGUGGUUAUUGACCAAGACUUUCCUUCGAAGUUUUAUUUUAAGAAAUCCAAGUCUCCCCGGAAGAUCAAUGACAUUGAACUGACAGGUUGGUAAACUUUGUAUCUGAGAAGCUGUUCUGUCCUUUUCCUUUUCAAAGGAAUUGAUCCUUUUCCUUUUCAAAGGAAAAGGACAGACCAUUUGUAUUCAUAGAUAGAAGGAACAAACAAGGUAAAAAAAGUGGGAUCCUUAGGCCGAGACCCCUUGAAUGAUAACUCUAUCGCUGAUAAAUUGAGGUAAAUUGAGACUGAUUUAUCAGAAUUUAAAGCUUUACAAUUCCAACGUUUGAAUUCAGUUUGAGUAUGACUGACACCUUAUCUCGACUCCUGUCCCAAUUCAUCAUCCAAAAUCUCCACUGAGCCCAAGUAAAUAUUUGUUCUCCACUGAACAAUAAGGGACCUCAGUAAAGAAAGGCUUUGAGGUUGUCAGGGUGAUAUUUCUACCAUUUUCUAGCCAAUGUAACAUACUUGCGAUACAGCCCUGCUGGAGAACCAUACAUGAUAAUACGCUUAAAGAGCAGCACCUGCAUCUUCCAGUAUAAAGUAUGCUCCAGUCAUACCUUUCUAACGAACCUAUGGUUUCCUUAGGGCCUUUGCACUGCCAAGACUGUGAUGCAGAGUGGGGUGUGAUGCUCAAGUACAAAAGUAAAGAAUUACCUUGUAUAAAAGCAUCCUGCUUUGGAUUUGAAUUUGAGGAAGAAGAUGGUGGUACGAAAACGUUCUCCUUUAGAAAGUGGAAAGAUGUCCUCUUCAAUGUAAAGGGCUUCGAUCCCAGUGAAACACAGACUGAAUUUGUUAGUUUAGAUAUUCCAGAACUCAGUUUAGAUUAGAAAGGUUUUUUUCUGAAAACCAAAAACUUAAUGAGUAAGCGACUGCUUUCACUGUUAUUUUUAUCGUUUUUACUUUGUGCUUUCCAAAUUGGGAACCAAUUAAGACCAUCUUUUUUACAUUUGGAAUGGCACUUUAUCAUUUUCUGGAAGACGACCAAGCUGAGGUCACUCAGAUAGACAGAGGUAUUCAUUCUCUAUAAUUUUCAAAUUCUCAAUGAUCUUGAAGCCGUAAGCUGAGGCUGUAGACUUUUUGUGUCAGUUACUUUGAAUUCGAGCAAAACCCUAAUGUUAAACAGGAGUCCUCUUAAUGCACGUGACUGCACUGGAGAAUAUAUAAUUUUCUUAAUCUUAAACUUUGCUCUGCUACCAGCUAAUUUGGUCUUUAAAAAAGUAGUGGCCGAAAAAAUAAUGUAGGCCGGAAAAAAGAGGUCCUCUGCCCUGCAUGUUCUUAAUAUCAAAUGUAUACUUACACUCUUUAUAGAGCUUUGAAUUUCCGUGAUUGAAAAAGGCUAACGUCAGUCGGAUAUUUUUAUCCUAUACGGACAGUUUCUCGUUGUUAUGCUGCAUGGAAAAUUUAUCACCAUUCUGGUGACCUGGUAUAGAGAAGAAAGAAGAGAAAGCUAAAAUUGAAGCCCUUUAUAGCGGUAUCAAGAGUAAAAAUAGACCUGGAAAACAACUCGUCCACUUUUCUCAAGGAAAAUACUUUUCAUCAAAAAGCAAAAAUGUACUCCAAAAGCAAAAUUAAAGAAUAAGUGGGUAGUGACGGAGUUCUCAUGACAGGUAUUUUUGUACCAUACUAUUGCUGGCCAUCGGUUUAUUACACAAGAG